AUGCAACCCGGUGAUACUUGUAUCUCGUACGAUAUGGGUCUCGGCUUGCAAUAUGUACUCAUACUCCGUACGUCGUACUUUUCGGACGAGGUCGAGUUGGACGGCUUGCUAGCGCCAACACUGACAGAGUGGGAGAACGAGGAGCCCUUUUGCGCAAGCUACUGCGCGCCGUCUCUUCCUGCCCCGGAUCCGUCUGCCGCCGUUCGGACGGGAAAAGGCGCUGUUGCAAGUUAUUACGGGACUUUUCAUUCAUACCGGGUAGUCUCGCGGACCGCUUCUCCCAUCGACGCUACAGAGUACGAGCAAGAUACAGAAUCGGUCUGCAGAGUGUCGGUGAGCGGCAGUGAGACACACGCCCGUCGAAGCCGCCGCAGUAGCACGAUGAAGGCGUAG